GUUCCGUCUGAUCACCCUCCAGAGAAGAUCCCGAUCAGUAGGAGUUUAGCGCAGCCAAGCGACAGGCAGAAGGCACGUCUCCAGCAACAGGAGCUGGGCUGGGCGAGUCAAGCGGGCGGGCGGGGAUAACUUUGCCUCUUCUAACAGAACCCUUUACUACCCAGUAGCGCCAGCAUUCCACCAAGGAAAGCGGCAGCGGGCAGAAAGGAGAAAAGCAAGAAAAGGGAAGUCAUGUAAAGGAAAAUGAAGCGAGCACGAGGUGAGAGAACAGCAGCCAGUGCAGGGGCAAGGUGGAUUCGGCUUCCCUUUUCCUUCAGGAAGGGGGUGAAUUUACCUCAGGGCUGCCUCGGGAAUUAUCCAGGUCCAGAUGUUGCCAGAAAGGAACAAUAAAGAGAGAGAUUCGGGGGUGACUAUUUUCCUGCUCCCAUUUCUCCAGGAUCACCGGUUGUAAGUUCUUAGACGUUCAGUUGCCGAGACUCUGUUUUUGCCUUCGAUAUUGUUGAUUUAAGGUUCACAUACAUCCAUCCUGCUGUCGGCUUGUCCCAGCUGCCCCGGAGGUUGAGAGACGCCUUGGGCUGAGUUCUCCAAAGAGCUGUGGAUGGGGCAGGUCCGGCUGACGGAAUGCCUGGGCAGUGAAAGGUGCUUUGGGGGUGCCGUGGUAGCCGGGGGCUGAGAGAUGUAAGGGACGACAAGGAAAGGGAGGUGGUGGUGGAGAGCGGCUCCGGGAGCCACCCGGCUCAAGACGAAAGCGGCCCAAAGUGACUGCCUGGAAGAUCCGAGACAACUUUUAUGGCUGGGAAAGUGGUCGAGGAGGAUCUGGCUGCUCCACCUCGAUGAGGAAGGGGCCAAGCCCUUAAGAGUUAGAUUCUAAGUGGACUAGACUCGGAUUCUCUGGAAUUCUCCUUUUCUGGAGACAUCGGAGGGGGGGCGUCGCUUUCCCUGGGGCGCCCCGGAUUUCCCGCUUCGGGUCUCAGUAAUGAGGAGACUGAGUUUGUGGUGGCUUCUGAGCAGGAUCUGUCUGCUGCUGCUGCCGCCCUGUGCGCUCGUCCUGGCCAGGGUCCCCGGCUCCUCAUCCCACCCGCAGCCCUGUCAGAUUCUCAAGCGCAUCGGGCACACAGUGCGCAUCGGGGCAGUCCACCUGCAACCCUGGACUACAGCCACCCACACCACCACCAGCAGUGGACAAGGCUGGAGCGGGGCGAGGGGGCAACGUAAUGACAUCUACCCCGGGGGCGCCACGGCGCCCGUCACAGCUAGGAAAACUGCAGGAGCCCUGGACGGCCAGACCAGGGCGGAGGCUGAGGCGGUGGCUGCAGUGGCAUCGGCAGAGGCAGAUGGUAGAAGUUGGAGGGCCAGGGCCCCCUCUUCCGUCGGAGGGGCGGAGGCGCCAAGCCGCUGGAUUGGGAGCGCCCUGCCCAGCAGAGGGGCUGAACUGCCAAGAGGCGCGGGCGAGUCUACGCUCUUUCCGCGGGAUGCUCUCCUCUUCGCUGUGGAGAACCUGAAUCGUAUGUCGGGACUGUUGCCUUACAACCUGUCCCUGGAAGUAGUGAUGGCAAUUGAGGCAGGGCUCGGGGACCUCCCUCUCCUGCCCUUCUCGUCCCCGAGCUCGGCCUGGAGCAGCGACCCCGUCUCCUUCCUGCAGAGCGUGUGCCACACCGUAGUGGUACAAGGGGUGUCAGCGUUGCUUGCCUUUCCCCAAAGUCAGGGAGAGAUGUUGGAGCUCGAGUUCAUCAGUUCCGUCUUACACAUCCCAGUAAUCAGUAUAGUGCGCUACGAAUUUCCUCGGAAGAGUCAGAAUCCCCUUCACCUACAGCUGAGUUUAGAAAAUUCAUUAAGUUCUGAUGCUGAUGUCACUGUCUCAAUCCUGACCAUGAACAACUGGUACAAUUUCAGCUUGCUGCUAUGCCAGGAAGAUUGGAACAUCACGGAUUUCCUCUUCCUCACCCAGCAGAGUGCCAAGUUCCACCUGGGAUCCAUUAUCAAUAUCACAGCCAACCUCUCCUCAAGGCAAGAUCUACUGAGCUUCUUGCAAGUCCAGCUUGAGAGCAUUAAGGACACUACACCCACCAUGGUGAUGUUUGGCUGUGACAUGGAAAAUAUCCGGAGGAUUUUUGAAAUCACCACCCAAUUUGGAGGGAUGCCUUUGGAGCUCCACUGGGUUCUUGGGGAUUCCCAAAAUGUAGAAGAACUAAGAACAGAAGGUUUGCCUCUGGGCCUCAUUGCUCAUGGCAAGACUACCCAGUCUAUCUUUGAACAUUAUGUGCAGGAUGCAAUGGAACUGGUAGCAAGGGCCAUUGCCACAGCCACUAUGGUCCAGCCAGAACUUGCACUCAUUCCCAGUACCAUGAACUGCAUGGAUGAGGGAGUCACCAAUCUCACUUCAGGGCAAUAUUUAUCAAGGUUUCUAGCCAACACUACUUUCAGGGGCCUCAGUGGUUCCAUCAAGGUGAAAGAAUCCACCAUCCUAAGCUCCGAAAACAACUUUUUCAUCUGGAAUCUACAGCAUGACCCAGUAGGGAAGCCAAUGUGGACCCGCCUGGGCAGCUGGCAGGGAGGGAAGAUCGUCAUGGAUUAUGGGAUAUGGCCAGAACAAGCCCAAAGGCACAGAAACAACUUUCAACAUCCUGCCCGGCUACAUCUGAGAGUAGUCACCCUGAUUGAGCAUCCAUUUGUCUUCACACGUCAAGUAGAUGAUGAUGGUCUGUGUCCCGCUGGUCAGCUCUGCCUGGACCCACUGACAAACAACUCCUCCAUAUUGGAUGGUCUUUUUGACAGCCUCCAAGGUGAUAAUGAUACAGUGCCCCUUAAGUAUAAGAAGUGUUGCUAUGGCUACUGCAUUGAUCUUCUGGAAAAGCUAGCAGAGGACCUGAACUUUGACUUUGAUCUCUACAUUGUUGGAGAUGGGAAGUAUGGAGCUUGGAAAAAUGGUCACUGGACUGGGCUAGUCGGGGACCUCUUGAGUGGGACAGCCCACAUGGCAGUCACUUCCUUUAGCAUAAACACUGCUCGCAGCCAGGUGAUUGACUUCACCAGCCCCUUCUUCUCCACCAGCUUGGGCAUCUUAGUGAGAACCCGAGACACGGCAGCUCCUAUUGGAGCCUUCAUGUGGCCACUUCACUGGACAAUGUGGCUGGGGAUAUUUGUGGCCCUCCACAUUACCGCCAUAUUCCUCACGCUAUAUGAAUGGAAAAGUCCCUUUGGAAUGACUCCCAAAGGGAGAAACAGGAGUAAAGUCUUCUCCUUCUCUUCAGCCUUGAAUGUCUGCUAUGCCAUCUUGUUUGGCAGAACUGUGGCCAUCAAACCUCCCAAAUGCUGGACUGGAAGGUUUUUAAUGAAUCUCUGGGCUAUUUUCUGUUUAUUUUGCCUUUCCACAUACACAGCAAAUCUAGCUGCUGUCAUGGUUGGAGAGAAAAUCUAUGAAGAGCUCUCUGGGAUACAUGACCCAAAGCUUCAUCAUCCCUCUCAAGGCUUUCGAUUUGGAACAGUUCGGGAGAGCAGUGCUGAAGAUUAUGUGAAACAAAGCUUCCCGGAGAUGUAUGAAUAUAUGAGAAGGUACAAUGUACCUGCCACCCCAGAUGGAGUGGAGUAUUUGAAGAAUGAUCCAGAGAAGCUGGACGCCUUCAUCAUGGACAAAGCACUCCUUGACUAUGAAGUGUCCAUUGACGCUGACUGCAAACUGCUCACAGUGGGGAAACCAUUUGCCAUUGAAGGCUAUGGCAUUGGCCUGCCUCCAAACUCUCCACUGACCUCAAAUAUAUCAGAACUUAUCAGCCAAUACAAGUCACAUGGAUUUAUGGAUGUGCUUCAUGACAAGUGGUAUAAAGUGGUUCCCUGUGGCAAGAGAAGUUUUGCUGUUACUGAGACUUUGCAAAUGGGAAUUAAGCACUUUUCUGGACUCUUCGUGAUGUUAUGCAUUGGCAUUGGUUUAUCCAUUUUAACUACAAUUGGAGAGCACAUAGUAUAUAGACUGAUCCUACCACGAAUCAAAAAGAAAUCCAAGCUGAAAUACUGGCUUCACACCAGUCAGAGAUUACAUAGAGCUCUAAAUACCUCAUUUGUUGAGGAAAAGCAGCAGCUCAAGACAAAGCAAGUGGAAAAAAGGUCCAAUGCAGCCAACAAUCAGCUCAGCGUAUGGAAUACUGCGGGCCUGAGCCACUGCAAUCGGCGGAAAUACACCUAUAGUGAUGAAGGGCAAAGCCACCUGAACAUGCAUCCACAUCAGGGCAUCUCCCUCCCUAUAGUCAGGAGAGAAAUUCCCACUUCCCUCACCACCAAUGGGAAACCAGACUCUCUAAAUACUGCUAGGACCUCAGUGACCCAGGAACUCACUGAGCUGGAGAAACAGAUUCAGGUGAUCAGGCAAGACCUGCGGCUGGCCAUGAACAGGAAGAAUCAACUGGAAGAAUAUCAGAGGACAAACAGGACAGUCGAGUCCUAAGUGAUCAUAUCUCUAUCUGUUCUGUCCUGACCUUCCUACCUUUCCCCCAAGCCUUUCUCUAAUCCCUCUGUAAAAUUUGUAAUGCACUUUUGUAACUGCUGGCAGUGGUGAAGGAGAGCAAAACAAUAGAUUCUCCUUAGAAGGCAACCUCAAAGUGGCUCAUCAAACUCCAUCCUCCAGGGUGGUAUUCUCAUUCAGAGAAAGAAUCUCUUCUUUCCUCCACAUGAAUUUUGAAUCAGUCAAGGGCAAUCUUGGACAAAAGGAACUAUGAGUAAAGAAGAUCAUACUUAUCUCCUGUUUCCUUCUUCACCUGGUGCCACAUUUCUGGUUUUUAGCCCUUUCUGUGCAUUAAAAAAAAAAAAAAAAAAAAAAAAAAAAAAAAUGUCGAUCAGACCUGUGUCUCUUACUGGGUUUUGAUGUUUUUUUACUAGUACGAGCAUACCUCGACUAACAUGAUUAAUCAGGUGUGAUGUUAUAGGAUACAGGCAGUUUCACAAAUUCAAUGUUUUAAGUAAUCAAUUGGCCUGACAAUGGUACAUCAGGGUUUCAUGAUGCAACAAUGUGGCUACUUUGUUUUUAAUCAAUGUUAUUACAAAAGUAUUUUGGACAGCGCAAUGUUAAGCGAGGUAUGAUUGUACAGAAUGGUUACCCAGGAUUAUAUUUUAACAUUUCUUCAAUUUAAUCCAACUCAAAUUUGGGGUGUUUUUUCAGGGGUAGGGUUAAUGAAAGUAGGAUAGUGGGGAAAAAAAGACCUGAAUCCUCAAAAAGUUGAGUUUCAGCACAGUAACUAGGUUGAUACUGUUAAGACUCUUAUUAGAGCAAUCUUGCUGAAAAACUAAUGGCAUCAUAUUCUUCAGUCAAACUAAGCUUUCUUUACAAGUGUGUGCCUUUUGUAAGAGACAAACAGAAUGAGAAAAAAGAAGACAGAGAUGAGACCUCUCCGAAGAACAUCUGUGUUUACUAUUUGUAAUAGGAUGUGUGUGACUGUGAAUCCUGUGAAAAUGUUUGUGCAAAUCAUGUGGUGGGUUAAUUCUCAAGUUAGCAACAACCUAUCCUCUGACUGUAGGAAGUCCCAAAAGUGAUCCUCAUGCAUGCAACUGAACCUGCUCCAUCCCAUCCUUCCUUUUUUGUGUAAUUAUUGUGAUGUUUGCCAAAUGCCCCAGUCACCAAAGGCAUAUUGAAAUAACUCUUGGUCCCUCCGGUUGGUAUUUCUAGUACAGUUAUCACCCCCAUGAAGUUGGAUUUGAGUCAUCUAGUUGUCUCAAUUUAGCACCUCCUAAUCCCCUCCCCCCCCCAGCUCUCUGUAGAAGGAAGAUGGGGAGGGAGCCAGGGAAGCCGAAGGAUUUCAGCUACAUAGGGCCCUGAGAGCUCUGAAAACAAGUACUACUGUCUUUGGGAGAAUCUGCUUACAGUGUCAGCUUCCACAGCCACUAGGGCACCAAAAAAUGUCACUCAGGAAUACUCUCCUUUAUGUCAAAUAUUCUUUAUUUUUUUCCCCAUUUGUUCCAAUUAAACCAUUCAUUCAAACCUUUAUUAAGUAUCUAUUAUAGGAAAGAACUGCACUAGGUGCUCAUGGAUAGGUGAGUAAAGUGUUCAUGGUCCCUGCCUUUACAAUCUUACUUUUUUGAGUGCCUCUUAAGCGUCUGGCACAAUAGCUGGCUACAACCAGUCAACCUGACAAACAGUUGAUCACCUCCACCAAAUAAAUGAAAAGGCUCCUAGCCUUUUACUGUCCCUCACUUUAUACUAUGCCAUCUGAAAUUUCUGCUAAAGUCAUUUCCCCUAAAAUGAAAAACAAGUUUCUGGAAGUUCCUAUAAUAUGAACGUUAAUUUAAAUACUCCAAGCUGAGUAAUACUUUUAGCCUUGAUGGUGAUGAGUCAAUAGAAAAUAAAGCAAAAGAGAAAGGAAAUGGAAGAAGGGACUCAAAACUGUCAAAGGUUUCAGCCAGCCCUGCUCUCAGAUUAUCCCCUCAUAUGGCUCUAAAGUAAGAAGCCCAGAGUUUGAAGGCACACCUUUAAAACUAUCUCCCAGAAUUUUCUAAUUACAGCCCAGAAUAUUGUAGGGACCAGGUCAUUACCCUUUGUGCACCUCUUAUCCAGAAGAUUAUGUACAGGUGUACCUCACUUCACAGAGUAGCCAGGUUCUGGAAAAGUUGCUUGUAAAUGGAAAUUUUUGUAAAUCUAAUUAUAUUAUAACUGCAUUUGGGUGGCUAACUACUUAGAAGAACCCAGCAGUCUUUUGUAAAGUGAAGAAUCCUUUUGUAAUGCAAAUAAUUAUCCCCAAUUUAUUUUUUUUCUAAGUUUUGGGUUUUUUAAUAAUGGAUUUAAUUAAAGCAGGGCACACAUCAAUAUAAGGACAUUUUGAGGAAUGCUCUUUUGGGUUUCUCUACCUUGUCACAAAAUACGCAGUAGUUUUUGCCCCACUCUGUCACUCAGUGUCUGUUUUGGACUACUGGAUGAUUAACUAGUUGUCACUGGUGAGUUGGGGUAGAAAUGUAGUUGCCACCUGAGGGUCAGCUAUUGGGAGCUGUCACCAGGUUUAUUGUCAUUGAUGUUGCUUGAAAUUAUUUCAUUUUCUGGAAAAAAAAAAUUUCUUGUGAUGAAAUGAAACUGUUUUCAUGUUAAAUUGUGAUGGUUAUUUUUAUUGCUGGUGGUUGAACAGUGUUUUGCAACUUG